GCGGCGGUGGUGGCGAUGCCGGUGCCGGCGGCCGGAGGGGUGUGCUUCGACAGGAUAUUCAGCUUCGGGGACUCGCUCACGGACACGGGCAACUUCCUGCUCUCCGUACCGGACGACUUCCCGGACCCCGCGCGGAGCCUCCCCUACGGCCAGACCUUCUUCGGCCGCCCCUCCGGCCGCUACUCCGACGGCCGCAACCUCCUCGAUUUCUUCGCUGAAGCAUUCGGGAUGCCUUUCGUGCCACCCUACCUUGGCGGUGGUGACUUCCUGAAUGGUGCCAAUUUUGCGGUUGGCGGUGCGACUGCGCUCAACAACUCGUUCUUCCGAGAGCUUGGUGUGGAGCCUACAUGGACACCACACUCCCUUGAUGAGCAAAUGCAGUGGUUCAAAAGACUGCUUCCGUCCAUCGCCUCCACGGAGUCUGAACACAGUGUUAUCAUGUCAAAAUCACUUUUCCUUGUUGGAGAGGUCGGUGGGAAUGAUUACAACCAUCUAAUGGUCAGGGGGAAAUCUCUUGCUGAGCUACGCGAGCUUGUUCCUCAGGUUGUUGGUGCCAUAAGCUUAGCUAUCACGGAGCUUAUAAAUCUUGGCGCGAAGAAAUUCGUUGUUCCUGGAAAUUUCCCGAUAGGGUGUGUCCCAUUGUAUCUCGCAAUACUUCCAAGUGAAGAGAAGGAUUACUAUAAUGAAGAAACAGGGUGCAUUAAGUGGCUAAACAAAUUUACCGAGUACCACAAUCGUUUGCUCCAGGAGGAGCUAGAGAAACUUAGGAAUCUUCACCCAGAUGUAUCUGUCAUUUAUGCUGAUUAUUAUGGUGCUACACUGAACAUAUACCGUGCCCCACUGCAGUUUGGUUUCACUGUCCCAUUGAACUCAUGUUGCGGAAGCGAUGCCCCACAUAACUGUUCUCUGUCAGUACUAUGUGGAAACCCUGGAUCUUUCGUCUGCCCUGACCCAUCGAAGUACGUCUCAUGGGACGGUUUACACUUCACCGAAGCGACCUACAAAGUUAUCAUCCAAGGAGUGCUGGGGUCUUAUGCUGUUCCUCCUCUUUCAGAAAUUUGUCGGGAUGGAGAGUACAAAGUCUCCCAGCUUCAUCAAUGUACAGACAGCAAUCCUACAAACACUGUAACAUACGAUGCUAUGAGCUCUUUUAUUUGAUAAUGUGGGCUCUGCUACACGUAGAAUUUCAAGAGGCAAUACAUAGAUAAUCACUUCGGGCUCUUCUCAAAGUCGUGAAGAGAAGUGGUGAGCAAACUCCCAUCUGUUUUGCUACUACAAGGAGAAGUUUCUUUUUCUUUCUUGGAGCCAAAUGAGAAGUGAUUUUGUGAAAAUUGCAGCUGAUGGUUCCAUUUCUCGGCUCCUUUUAUAUUA